GCGGAAGCGGCGCCGAACCUGGAUAUGGGCGAGCUGCGCUCCCUCGCCUGCGACGCCCUCCUGCAGGAGAGCUUCUACCAGAACAAGAAGCGGCCGUUCCUCUACCGCGAUCAGGAUCACACGCCCGGCCCGUUCCUUAACCAGCUCGUCUCCACUCUCGCCGCUUUCCUGUGCGGUCGCAACCCGCUGCUGGCUGCCUCCUCCCUUGAUCUAAAACCUGAAGUUAACUAUUACUGGCAUCAUGGUGAAGAAGUUGUUGUUCAUGGACAUCGAAAGGGUAGAGUUGAUCCUGUGCGAUUUCAGAUAGAUGAUAACCCGCACCUCCAGAUCCGUGUACCAAAGCAACUUCCAGAGAUUGUACCGCUGGAUUCAGAUCUUGGAGAUGUUCCUGUUAUUGAUCACAAACCAUCCAAACUGCCAUUGUUCAAAAGGCAGUAUGAAAACAAGGUAUUUAUAGGAUCAAAGGUAGCGGAUCCGUGCUGUUACGGACACACCCAGUUUCACCUUAUUCCUGAUAAACUAAAACGGGAGAGGUUUUUAAAAAUAAAUCUUGAGGAUCAGAUUGAAGUUCUUUACCGAGCUAAUGGUGUUGCAAGUCUCUUUGCCUGGACAGCAGCACAAGCAAUGUAUCAAG